AAAAGAAAUUAUCUCACUUUCUCUCCCGAUCCUUAGGAUCAUCUGUCACGCUUCCGAUACGUGGCUUACCGAUCAGGAAUGCCAAGAUACUGAGCGCACCUCACAAGUUACGCCUCCAUCAUUUGCUUCGUAUAAUACUAUCCUUUAAAUAUGUUACAAUAAGAAAGAAGAAGUUAUAUGCCUUUUUUCAAAAAAGAAGAAGAAGAAGUUAUCACGAAAAAAUCAUAAGAAGAGAAGAAGUUAUCAUGGGUCAAGCCCUCAAUACCGCAAAAGGGAAUGGUGAGUUAAAUGGGAAAGACUUGGAAACUAUGGCAGAAAAUUGCUACCGCAAACGCCUUGAAGAACAAGAUGACGAUCAAGAAUGGUCUUUUGGUGACUUCUACCGUAUUGUGGAUGAAGCUGUCGAAGAAAUUAAUAGAAGACUCGGUGGUACCCAACUUAAGGUGCCAAGUGUUGAUAAAUUACAAGAAGCUUAUGAGAGACACAAUCUCGGUGAGGGGAAGAAGAUAUCAAAAGACGAGUUUCAGAAGCUUCUUCAGGAGGUUUUGAUCGGAGCGGGUUUCACCGGCGUCGGAGGAGUAAAAGAGUUUCUACUCUUCAUCUUCGGAGUUCCUGCCUUGACCGUAUUCCUCAAGAACCGUAUAGCUCCGACGUCUUUUCCCAACGACUUGCUCAUCCCCGCCGUCACUUCCGCCACUGUCUUCCUCCUCGCCAAGCUUAACAAGAUAUGACUCUAUUUGUUUGGUCUUUUCUAGCUUUACAUUGUUUUCUAAAUUUGUAUUGGGUAACGUUUAUGAGUGAAUGUGUCAAUGGUUAAAUUUGGAGAUUUUUUUUA